AUGCCCGUUCACACUCCACUUCAUCUCACACAGGUCAAGUCUGCCUCGUCGUGGGAUGAGGGACUAAUCAAGCAGUACCUCAGGCAACUACCAGAACCGAGUGUGCCUCACAAUGCCCAGAUCUGGGCCGCGAAAGUGGUGCUGAUAAAGAUCCGUCUUCGCGAGCUGCGUUUGGUGGAGGAAUUGGCCGCCCCUCGAAUAGUCCCGGCGAUUAGGUCACAGAUCACAGCCAUGUUGUUGGCGCGCAACCUAUCAACUUGGCUCGCCUUCCCCAUUAACAACUUACCUGUGGAGAUCUUGAUCCAUAUUUUCCGCUUCGUCGUGUACAGUCAAACAAACCCAUACGACGGAAUACGACAACGGAUGUACCUGACGUGGGUUUGCAGGCAUUGGAGAACCAUCGCUAUCGCUGAUCAGAUACCUUGGAGCUUCGUGUGGUACAGAGGGAGGGCGCCGUGGCCCCUAGCCGAGCUGUUCUUGGAACGGGCAGGAACCGCUCCCCUAGAUAUUGUGGUGGAGGAUAGGUCGAAGAUUCCGGACGAUCAGGAGCCGCCCCCCUCCCUCACGGUCGAGGAUGUGGACUAUCUGAUGGACGAGCUCUCCCUGCGCAUUGGACAGAUUCGUAGCCUCGAACUUUUCGUGCAGGGAUAUUUUCCCACAAUCCGUAUCAUGUUUUGGCUCUGCGCCUGUGGCAUUCCGCAUACUAUGACAAGAUUCAAGGUGUACCGAGGCUUGACACCCUUCUUGUGGGAACUGCGGGAUUCGCGGGACAUCCAGCAGCGUUGCAUGAUUCCGCUGUGUGGCGGGAACGUACCCAAGCUGGAGGAGCUUCACCUUGACGGGGUCGGUAUAGACUGGCAGAUUUUUCCGGCGAGAAACCUGCGGUCAAUCGACCUUCGUCGCAUUGGGUGGGAUUUCAGUCCAUCUCCCGAGCGGUGGAUUGCCAUGUUACAGGGAUGUCCGAACCUCUACAAGCUCGUCUUAACGGCGACAGGUCCCAGAUGGGACGACACAGGUAUCAGACGAGUACAUCUCCCCAACCUGCGCGAUUUCGCGCUGGGUAACGUCAGCCUGCAAUACGCCCAAUACAUCUUCGACUUUAUGGAUGCGCCGCGUCUCAUGAAACUGACGUACGACACCAUGAAAUCGGAAGACUACGGGCCACUCCUGGACGUCGCCACGACGUUCCGCGAGAUGAAGGUUUUAGCAAUUCAAGGCAUGAAUUUCCACCCAACACAGCAGAAUUUGUGCAGGAUAGUGAAGCUGCUUGAGGGGAUGUCCAAUCUCCGAUUCCUGAAGAUUGGUGAUGCGACCCGGCAAUUCCUGGAUGCUUUCAUGGAGGACCCUCGCGAAUACCGCGAAGAGGAUCCCGUGAACGAAUCGCCCCACGCAAAUGCGCCCCUCUCGGUUUUGUGCCCAGACCUCCAGUACUUGUUAGUGCUGGAGCAGGAACCGGACUCCUUGAUCAGAUUCUUGCGCGGUCGACGUGCACUGGGUGUUCCGUUCAGUGCGGCAUACCUUGAUGUGCGGUUCUAUGCAACGUUAUCCGACGAGCAGGUUAAGGCAAUGCGCGCAGAGCUGACGAAUGAGCUGUUCACCAUACGCGGAGUGUCGCCGGGGCCGGCCGAGGAAGAAAUAGACAAGGAGAUUGCAGCGACAGUGCAAGUGGUGUAA